AAGUAGAGCAGCUGUCAUUUGUGAUAUCUCUGCACUUAUCCAGUUGGUCUAUCAGGGAAAAGAAAGGACAGAUCUGCAAAACCCAAUAAUCCUGAAGACACCAAUUACAAGUUUGAAUGUCUGAAGCAAGGACCUCGAACGCAGGAUUACUUGUCUCCGUGUGCCUCCUGAAGAACUAUGGGUAUGCAGUAUGCUCAGAGAGCAUCCCUGGCUCUCACGCUCAAUUACGUGGCGUUCGCCUUGGCCGUUUCGGCCGUCACCACUAGCUACUGGUGUGAGGGGACCAGGAAGGUGGCAAAGCCUUUCUGCAUGGGGCCGGUGAAAGUCAAGCAGACGUACUGCAUCCGCUUUAACAGCUCUAACAUCAAUGACACACGGCUGGUGCAGUACAUCUACGAGACUGGAGAGGAAAAGUUCCUCAUGAGGAAGUUCCAUGCAGGGAUCUGGUUCUCCUGCGAACAAAGCGUGGACUUAAUAGGAUUUAACUGUAGGAGCUUUUUAGAGAUCACACCAGAUCAUGAAAGAGGAGUGCUCUGGCUGUGUAUUGUGGCUGAGUGUCUGUACAUUGUUCUGCUGUUCACCGGUGGAGCUCUGAUGGUGAUAGAGAUGUGUCCAUGCUUUAACUUGAUAAACAGACUCAAGGUCAAUGCCUUUGCAGCUCUGUGCACUGCUCUCUCAGGCCUUUUUGGGAUGGUUGCACAUAUGAUGUUCACCACAGCAUUCCAGCUGGCCGUCCAGAUGGGUCCAGAAGACUGGAGACCUAAGACUUGGGACUACAGCUGGUCCUAUCUUCUGGCGUGGGGCUCAUUUGGCACCUGCAUGGGCUCGGCGGUCACAGUUCUAAACCAUUACACCAAAACCAUCAUUGAGUUUAAGUUCAAGAGGAGGACCAUUGAGAAGAAACUGCGCAUCAAGCAGAAGAUCCUGGAGCUGGACAUGCCGGAGGACUUGUGGUACAUCACUUCAUUACAGGAGCAAGCAGACCAACACACAGCCCUGUACGUGAAUGGCAACGAACCAUCCUGCUUCAACCCCACAAUACUAGACAACUGGGACAGAGAAUACUGCUGAAAAUUCAUGGCAAAAACACAGACAUUUCUUUGUGCAUUUAUAUCACACCUCAUAGGGCUUUGAUCAACAGAGCAGGAUAUGAACUGAACUAAAUUAUUAAGCAGUGCUGCUUCUGUGCUAUUGUGAACCUUCUUCGUAUGCUGAUGACUGAGGUUUAAAGGAAGCUUCGGCAUUUAAAAAUAAGUCUGACAUUUCUUAAAAGAAAACAACUUUGACAAAAUCUUGAAUUUGUACUUCUUUUUACAACAAAAAAUAAAUAAAAAAUAGCUGGUGGUGAAUUGUUCAAGCCGUCCCACAGUGAGGUAAGGACGCCAUCUUCUGGACCAACAUUUCAGUGCCAAGACACGCUCCAGUGCCACAUUUGUUACAGACUUGUG